CUGUUUUAAUGUUGCACAAAACAAUGUCCACGACGUGCAGAGCCGGAAAAUGAUUUGGAGCUCAGUUGGCUUUACUUUAAUAGAUGCUUUAUGGGGUUUUCUGUCUUGUUGUUUCCUCGUAGCUUUUGGGGCAUACAGAAUCUCACCACAGCUGCCGAGAGAAUACGAACAGUCUCGUCUUUACGUGUUAUUUCAGGAUCUGAUUCGGUACGGAAAAACAAAACAAAACCUCAAACGAGAUGACUGGCUGCGUGUAUUUGAUGUCCCGAAAAGGUGGUUCUGUCACUUCUAUGCCAUCUCUGUUUGUUGGAACGGUUUUCUUCUGGUUUUAUAUCUGAGCAUGAUAUUUCAGCAUCAGUUACACCCAUUAUGGCUCACUGGAGUUUUAGACAUUUUGACUGGUGUACCAAGCAAUGACAGUCAAGUCCCACAUCUGUCCACUCUGCUGGUCCUGCUGCUGCUUUGGGUCCACUCCCUCAGGAGGCUGCUGGAGUGCCUGUUUGUCAGUGUUUUCUCUGAUGGAGCAAUGCAUUUGGUGCAGUAUGUUUUCGGUGUUGGGUAUUACAUCCUACUGGGGCUGACUGUUCUUUGCACUGAUCGCAUGAAAAGAGAGAUUGGUCCUUUCCUUUAUCAGCUCAAUUGGUGUCAUGUAGUUGGAAGUGCACUUUUUGUUUUGGCUUCACUACUUCAGCAUCAAUCCAUGGUUCUGCUGGCCAGGCUUCGUAUUGGAAGAUCAGGAACGGUUGAGACGUUGGCUCACAGAAUACCAAAGGGAGGAUGGUUCGAGCUAGUGUCUUGUCCACAUUACUUUGCUGAGCUGCUGAUCUACAUAUCACUGAGUUUGGUUUUUGGAGGUCUUUGUCUUACCUGGUGGCUUGUAGCUCUUUAUGUGCUUUUCAACCAGGCACUGGCAGCUCAACUUUGUCAUGACCUUUACUUAAGCAAAUAUGAGUCCUACCCAAGACACAGAAGAGCAUUUUUACCAUUUGUGCUGUAAAUAUUUGCCAAUGGUGAGUCUUCAGUUGUUUUUCUUAUUUGAAGCAGUUAUGAUGUAACGUGGAAAAUGUCAAAAAUACAAAUUUAGAGAUAAAACCGAAAGCAUUUUUAUAAAUUGUAAGUUCUUGUACAACUGAUUAUCCCAUCUUACAUACAAAUUUUGCUGAAUAUAUUAAAAGUAUGUUGAUGUCAUUUUUUGAGUGUGUAAGUUUUUCUUACCAACAUUUGGAGGCCAUCGUGGUCAGUAUUGACAUUUGUCAACCCUUAAUCUCUAGAAACAUUUAAUUAUUGUCUUCAAUGUCGUAAUGUACGUAUUGAACAUGUACAUUUUUAAUAAAGGUUUACUCUAAAAUGAUCA